AUGCAGCUGCAACUUGACAAGGACCUGUGCGAUGAUGCCGUUGAUCGCAUCCAGCAAGCUUUCAGGGAGCUUUGGCCCAGCAAGGCACUGCAGAUGGAUGCACCGAAGUUGCCCAGCAGUGGCAGCUUCAGAUUGCCUUUUCCAGUGCCCAGUGCCAGCAUCAACGGCCGGAUCUUGUCCGGCCUCGAUUUGCUGGAGAGGACGCUGGAGCAAGAGAUUCAAAGGGAGAUGGAAAUGAUUUCCUUCAGUUUCAUGCAAUUUAGAAGACGAGCGGACCAGCUUCCUUUGCAGCAGAUCACCAACUUUGCCUAUGGGCCCAAACAAUUACAUCCGAUGUUCCUCCAAAUGGAGCCCAAAUUGCUGACAGCCUGGUAUCCCGGUAUCUCUGCAGUGAGCCCUCGGCAUGUGCCGCUGCGCCCGGAGCACCUGGCAGCGCUUCCGCGCUGGAUGCUGCCAGCGGGGCCACCGGUGCUGUAUUUGGUGCUGCUGGGAGCCAAGGAUCCCGUGAAACUGAUGCAGGACAGGAUUUGGUGCUUCAUUUUACGGAGCUAG